GGAAGCAAGGACAUCGGUUCCACCCCGGAGCAGGAAACGGGGGAUGACGCAUCCAAACCCGACGAUGGAAGCUGGACGAUGCUUCAUGGGGAGUCAGAGCCAUCAUCGACUGAUCCACGGGUGGGAGACGGAGACAACCCCUGUAGGCAGGAUCUGGCCCCCCAGUCCCUCAGAGGCCAUGAGGCUCCUGCUAUCCCACCAAGAGAUGAAAUCCAGCUCCAGCAGAACCCAGCACACCACCAUGCGUUGGUAGAGAAGGAGAUUUACCAGAACACCGGCAUCCAUGCUCAGGGACCGUCAGGAACGCAGGAGCAGAAGCAUUAUGGGAGUCCAGGGAAGGUCCCAGGUCACAGUGUGGGAAUGGAAAUGAAACACCAGGAGAACCUCAAAAUCAAAGAUGACUGGUAUGGAGAAGGCCCAGGACCUUCCAGCAGCUGCCAGCCCAGCUCCUACCUGUUCAGUGGACCACACCCACCAGAAGACAGGAUGACCCUGGAGUUUGUUGCUGUGCUGUCGGAAUCUUGUAAGAUUGACGGAGGGUUCAAGAUCUGUGUUGUCUUCUACAAAAAGCCUGGCCUCUGUGAAGAAUUUGCCAACAUGGUGGUAAAAAGAGACAGAGUGAUCGUGGGCAGCGCCAAGAUCCCCCUUUCUCACCUGCGAGAAGGGGUCAUCUUUUAUAAAUACGCCCUCAUUAACAUCCACAGCAAAGAGCGAGAGUGUCAAUUAGAGCACAUUUCCUUAAAGAGCUCUGACAUCCCACAGGCCUUCAGAAAUGCUGAAUUAUAUCGUGUCGUGAAUUUACCCAAAACAGAGAUCAAAGCGGACGGAACAUGGACCUUGUUUGAACUCAUCAAAUGCAAGUUCCUCAAGAGCAGCUGGUUCUCCUCACACAAGCCCAACACCAAAAAGGUGUCCAAGUUGCAGAGGCACAUGGAGUACCUGCAGCACGAUUGCUUUGCUCACGCCACCCACUGGAAGUCUCUUGAGGAUAUGGAGCAGAAAUUGGAUAGGUACAAGGAGACCAUCCAGGCCUCUCUUGGGGAUGCUGAGGAGAAAAGAGAACACUUUAGUGUUCCCUUCACUUCGGCUGUGAAAGAGGUGAGAGACAAUAUCGAAGCCUUCAUACAAGCGAUCAUCAAGGACCUGAAGACCAAAGAAGAUAAGCUUCCUAAGCUGCUGUUUGCCUUUCACACCUUGUAUCGCUUUCACAUCCGCCUCCCCACCGCGUCCGUCGCUGAGGCUGAGGAGUGCUUCCAGGUCAUCAACUUCGUCCAAGGCACAUACAAAGAGCUGAGAGGAAAAAGCAAAUAUCUUCCAGCUGUGAGGCACAUGCUUCUUGAUACAGUCACUGAUGGCACCUUGUGGAUCUGGUUGGUGCCGCUGCUCUACGCGAUGAACGAGAAGAUGGAAGACCCCUUUCCUUCAAGUACAUUGCCACCACAAUCCUUCAUACAGCUGAGGACGAACAAAGAAAAGCAAGGGAAAGUCCUGAAGAUGAUAGAAACUCACAAGACCUUGAUUGCAAGAUGCCCUCCGCUGGCACAGAAGGUCUUGGGGAUGGUGGCCUUGAAGAACUUGAACAAGGCCCCUUUGGAUGCAAUUCAUCUUCCUCUCCUCUUGGAGGAAUUGUACGCGCACAUCAUGGACAUCAAUCAACCCUCGUCCAGAGUGCCUGAAGAUGAUUUGAAUGUGGCUUUGGAAAUCAUCGCUUCCCGGAUGGAAGACUUGUUGAAGGGCUUGUACCCAUCAGGGUCUUCAGCGCAACCGCUGAACCCCACGGAGGAUGAGGUCAUGCAGUGCCUGAACAUGGUGUGCCCCUUGCUGAAACAUUUGUUGGAGAAGCAGACGGAGUGGCUGUCGUUCAGCUCCAUGAUGAUAAUGCUGCGGAUACUUGGGCUGUUUUUCGACAAAAGGGAUUUGCUACAAAAGAACAAGGAAUUCCAGCAGGUUACCUCAGCAGAAAGAUUUCAAGAGUUUGCAGAUGCCACCUCGCUGUGGCUCGAGAGAUUCUUUCACAAGGUACCCACGGACAAGAAACUCUUCCUGAGAAACAUCAAGAUGUGGCAGCAGCUGCUUUCAGUGAAGAUCCUCUGCGAGGAGUGGACCACGGAGUGGCGGGGCUUGAUCCUCAAGAGGUUUCAGAAUUGGCUGAUGAAGAUUAACGGCCAAUCCCUUGGAGAUUUCUGCCUGGCUUUCCUGGAAACAGAGGAGCAGUAUGACGCGGAGUUGGAGAACUACUUUGUGAAUCACAUCAACCAAUGGAUCAGAGAGGUCAAAAAAAGAGAAUCAGAGUGCGCCAUCAGUGACCGUGCAAAAGAACUCAUUUCCGAUGUGCACACGUUCUCCACCUUUGUGGGAAAACACGUUUUCCUGGGAGAUAUUCCCUGCAGUAUCCUCUCUGACAUCUUGAAGCAUAAGGAGCAGUUUAAGGAGAUGCUGUGUGCCUGCGACUCCUCUUUCUCCAAGUGUAUAACACAGGUGCUGGAAGUCAGGCAACAGGAGUUUGAGCAACUGGAAGUGCUGAAGGAGCAAAGAUACUCCUUUCUCUGCCUGUGCUGUUGCAUAGAGGACAUGAUAAAAGUGGAUACAAGUACCGUGCUUAAAAGCAUCAUGGACAACGGAAGUUUUAAGGAUCAGAUGUCAGUGCGGAAGUUCUCCACCGACGGCAUUCCCACCUGUUUAGUGGAUACAAGUACCGUGUGUAAAAGCAUCAUGGACAACGGAAGUUGUAAGGAUCACAUGUCAGUGCGGAAGUUCUCCACCGACGGCCAGAGUGAAAUGGAACCCAACAACCUUGACAACUAUAGUGGCAUGAUGCAAAAACUUCAUGUCGUGAAGACAAGCAGAUGUUUCCAUAGGCUGUGGAAGAUGCGAGCAAAGCAAAUCAAAGCCACAAUCCCUGAAGGUCAAGUCCUCUCCAUAGAAGAAGUUCAAGAAAAACUUUAUAAGCCAGCCAUCGCUGACUUUCGUCAAACCUACUUGUCCCUCAAAGACCUCUCCAUCACCCUCGGAGAGGUACAGAGCCAGUUUGAGAGGGUGCUGGGAGAGAAGAAGGGGCUCCAGGAGGAGUUUCAAAUCAUGGAGGAAAGCGAAGGGUGUUUGGAAGGUGACUGGAUGGCAGGUGUGGUGGAGAGGAUUGAAAACUACCUGACCCUCUCGGAAGUGGUGAACACUGCCAAGGUGAUCGAUGCUCUGCGACAGAUACUUCAGCUGAAGGGGGAUUUCCAGAUUCUCAGUGACCUGGCAAAAUACGAAGAGGAGGAAUUCAAGAAGAAGCGACUCGAUUUUAUGACCGAAGACUUAAUGAAUGUGAAAAAAAUUUUGAGUGACAUUCCCCAGAGAGUCUUGAACUUUUUGAGGGAACUUCUGGAAUGUGCAAGGAGCGGGUUUACCUCUUGGGUCAAGACCAUAAUCGAAGAAAAGACACAAAUCCCCGCGUUUGUGGAGGUGACAUCAAUUUCUGUGGGUGAAAACACCAUGGAUAUGGACAGACUGAAGUUCUUCCGCGAUGCCAUGGUUGCUUCUGCCCCCAUCAUAUACGACCUGAGUCCCACAGCUGGGUUUGAGCAGUUCUCUGCAGCUCUGUCUUGCGUCACAGAAGCCAUCGCAAAAGACAGUAAUCUCCCCAAUAAGCUGAAAGAUUCCUGGGACAGCAAAGAGUGGAUACAGAAGCUUCACAACUUUCAUGGCUCUGUGGAGCAUUCAUCGAUCUCUCAAGCUGGAAACAUCAGCAGAAAUGGGAUUUUUACCAUCCUGAAACCUCCAAAAUUCAAGGCUACGCUUGAAGACUGUGUCUCGGUACAACUGCAGAAUGAUGGUGAGAAGAGCACAUCUCCAGCAGACCAGGAGGCCAAGAAAUACAGUUUGUCUCAGCUCACAGAGCUCCAGAACAAGCUCAUGUUGAUCACCACCAAGGCUGAGAAGGGCAGAGAGGAGGCGAACCGUUUCUUGGAGAUACUGGAAAAAGUCAAAACGGUUGGGAAGCUGUAUCUGGAGCUUCUCAGCAUUGGCAACAUCCUCUUCAUUGACUGGAAGGCUGAAAUCUACUGCAACCCCCAGAAAGAUGUGAAAGUCUACACGGAGUUUGGAAUUUCUGGGAUCCUUGUUCAAACCACAAGACCCCUCCUGGAGGAGCUGGACAGUCUCUCUAAAGCGAUGGAGCAUUGCCUGGCAGAGUGGAAGAAGUACCUGGAGACUCAAAGGGACACCUACUAUCAUCUCAAUCUGUUCACUGCACACCAGCUCUUCUAUUUGUGCAGCCAGCUGGCCAGAGUCCAGAAAGGCAUCGUAGAACCGCAGGUGCUCACCAUGCUUUCUGCCAUCAAGCAUGACAUUACAGCAGAAGAUCUCAGAAAGGCCCUGGGGGAUGCGCUGAUGACUCCUCUCGACUCUGUGAAGCUCAUCAACAGCUUGGCCGAAUCAGGCUACGACAAGUCGGUGGCACAGGCAGCCUUGCAGAGCUGCCUGUCCAACUCUCCUAUCACAGAGCAGAUGCUCAUGGAUUUCGCCUUUGAGGAGGGCGACAACAAGGAGUUGGUGGAAGAGCUCAGCAAGUUAUACGAGGAGAAGAGAGAAGCCUUCCUGCAGAAGAGCCGGAAAUUUAAGACCCGGAACAGAGAAGUUGACCAGGUUUCCUUCAGCACCCUGGCGCGUAAUGAGGUGACUGCCUCGUUUGAGAGUUUGCCAUCUAUUUACGACAAGGUGAAUCUGCUCUGGGAUGCCUACUGUAAGAAAUUUGCUGGCCUAGUGUCUGAUAAAUACAUAGGCUUGGAUGUUUUUGGGGAGACGCUGAAGCACUUGGCCGCUCUAGAAAGCAGGCACAUCGAGAGAAGUUUACCCGUAAGCUUUGAAAUGGGGAAACCAAUCCUUGUCAUGUGUAAGGAAGAGGAAAUGCUACCCAACAUGUUAUUUGUCUACCGACACACUGAGACAGCACCUCUCCCGUCCUACGACGAGGUCCUGGUGUGCACGCCCGACACGGAGGAGGAGGAAGUGGAGCUGCUUGUCAGGAGAGCUCUUUCCCCGGGUUCCCAAGACCAAAAGAUCUACUGCUUGCUGGGUGCCGAUAAAUUAGUUUAUAAAGUUUCCAAACAACUCGAGUCCCACUUCUUCCGCCUGGUGCAAUUUUCCAGCAUCCCCAACUACAGAUUCAUCAUCUUCUGCAAUGCCAAAGCUCACAACUCUUAUGUUAUCACGGCCUUUGAUGCCUACAAGGUGACCUUCCCGUGCUACUCCAAGACAGAAAUCCAGACCUACCUGAAGAUGCAUCUCCAAGUGCCGAGCGGGACAGCACCCGUCGCUCAAGCCUUUGAAGAGCCCGAUCAGCAGCAGAAUGUGAAGUUUGUCUUUUCGGAGCGAGAAGGAAUGGGGAAGUCUCUCUUUGUGGACAAUAUCACCAGAAAGGUCCGUGCCCAGCUGGGUGGUUCGCUACUGCUUCAUAAAACCAUCAGGCUGCUGGAGUCAGACAUCGAUUUCCAGUUCUUCGUGGAGGAACUCUUCUCCGUCGCAGAAUCCGUGCCCGACAUUCAGCCCAGCAUCUUCCACAUCGAUGUGUCUCCAGUGGUAUCAAAGGGUCUCUACCGGCUGCUGAUUGACCUGUGCAUCCUGCGGCACAUCCAGAGGCCCGACGGCUUGGUCUGGAAGGGCAAACCCUGUCACCUUUACUUGAUUGAGUAUUUGGCCAAAGGGAAAGGUGUCAGCAGUACAAAGAAGCAAGAGAUGUCCACUGAAAUGGAAGAAAAGUUCCUGGAUCUUUUUCCUACCGUGGAGUGUGUAUCGCCGCUGCGAGUGCUUGACUUGCUGGGAGAUCCCACCUCUGUCUCUUCUGCGGAACUGAGGAAGGAACAGUUUGACCGGAGCAAGCUAAGUAACGACAUUUUCCAAAGAGCCUACCAAUACCUCCGCAGAUACAAACAAAAGGAAAACCUUGACUGCUUUACUUUUGUCCCUGGAAAGAUCGAAGGGACGGAGAAAGAAUGCCUGGAGUGCUUGGUGGAGUUCUGUGGGAGAAGCAACCCCUCCUGGACCGAGGUCAGCAACUUCACACACUUCUUGAACUUCCAGUUAAGAAAGUGUGAGAAAUCGGUCUUCUGCAGUCGGGUGGUCAUAAAAGAGUUGUGUGGCUUCAAAGCAUUCGUCAUCAAGUUCAUGAUCGCCAUGUCCAAGGACUUUGCCAUGCCCUCCCUCAACAUGUCGGAUGAAAGCGUGCCGAGGGAAGAGCAGAAGGAGACGGACAGUGUUUUGAGAGAGUACCAGCUAAGACGCAAGUGGGAGCAGGAGUCUCACCCUUACGUAAUCUUCCACGCUGACGAUGAUUCCAUGGAGUUUCUGGGGUUCCAUGUCAACCACAAUCUUGAUGCUAUUGAUGCUUAUUCCCAGGCUGUUUUGGAGGAGGCGGUUAUGAGCAGGCAUUUAUACAGGGCCUUGGCACUGCAAAAGGUUCCUUUCAAUAGGAAAUUUGAAAGCUUAUCCCGAACCGAGCAGUUGGAGGCCCUCUGCAGAGUCUUUGGUGUGAAAUGCCCAGCAGAUCCAGAUACUUCGUACCAGUUGACUCUGGACAACACCAUGAAGAUGGUGGCCAUUCACCUGCGGUUCCAGUGUGGCAUCCCUGUGACCAUCAUGGGUGAAACAGGCUGCGGGAAGACGAAGCUGGUGCAGUUCAUGUGCAACCUGCAAAGGGCGGGCAGGGAAAUUCAGAAUAUGCUGGUGGUGCGGGUUCAUGGCGGCACCACCCCCAAAACCAUCCAGGAGAAGGUGAGGCAGGCUGUGGAGCUGGCACAUGCCAACGAAAAAAAGCACAACGUAGACACGGUGCUCUUCUUCGAUGAAGCCAACACCUCAGAGGCCAUCUUUGCGAUCAAAGAAGUGCUGUGUGACCACAGCGUCAACGGAAAACGGAUUUCCACUGACCGCUUAAAAGUGGUGGCUGCUUGCAACCCUUACAAAAGACACACCAAGGACACCAUUGAGAAACUGGAGAAAGCUGGCUUGGGAUACCGCGUCCGGAGUGAGGACACCCCGGAGAAGCUGGGUUACAUUCCUUUGCGGCAGUUGGUGUAUCGGGUGCAGCCCCUUCCUCCCAGUUUAUUGCCUCUGGUCUGGGACUUUGGGGAGCUGAACGAGAAGACGCAAAGCCUGUAUAUCAGGGAGAUUGUAAAGUCCACCGUGGGGACCAAGAUCCCCAUGGAAAACCUGGAUGUCUUCACCAAUGUCAUAUCGGCCUCCCAGAAGUUCCUGAGAGAGAGGAAGGACGAAUGCAGAGUUGCCAGCCUCCGGGAUAUAGAGCGCUGCAUGAAAAUAGUGCUCUGGUUUUACGACUUAAGAGACCUGCUUUUCAGCGAGAUUGAUCAGAAGAAGGAGUGUGAGGUGCAAACCUUAAACCACGCGCAAAGGGCUUUGGUUCUUUCGGUAGGGGCCUGCUACUACGUGUCUCUGGAGAGCCGCCAGGAGUACCUGGAAGAGGUUGCAAAAUGCUUCUCGGUCCAGGCGUCCUGGCUACAGCAAGAGAUUGAGUUGUGCCAGGAGGUGUUUCUUGAUAACCUCUCCAUUCCUGAGGAGACAGCCCGCAACAACGCUCUGAGGGAGAACGUCUUCAUGAUGGUUGUCUGCCUGGACCUCCAGGUGCCGCUCUUUCUGGUUGGGAAGCCGGGAAGCUCCAAAUCCCUAUCCAAAACCAUCGUGGCAAAUGCCAUGGGCUAUAUGUCAUCCCGAAGGCCGUUGUUCAGAAGGUGCAAAGUGGUCCAGCUGGUCUGCUUCCAGUGCAGCCCCCAUUCCAAGCCAGAAGGCAUCAUCUCCACGUUCCGACAAUGCGCUCAGCUCCAGGAGGGCCAGAACCGCGAUGAGUUCGUACACGUGGUUCUGCUGGAUGAGAUCGGUCUUGCAGAAGACUCACCCGAUAUGCCGCUGAAGACGCUGCAUCCACUCCUGGAAGACGGAUGCAUUGACGACGAGAAACCAGAGGAUUACAAGAAAGUUGGCUUUGUGGGCAUCUCCAACUGGGCCUUGGACCCUGCCAAAAUGAACAGGGGCCUUCUCGUCCUUCGGACCGAGCCUAGCAGGGAAGAGCUGGUGAAGACUGCCAAAAGCAUCUGUGCUGACCAACCUCACCUUGACAGAAUCGAAGAUUUGUUCCCCAUUCUGGCAAACUUCUACUGCAAAGUGCUGGAAAAACAGAAAACCGAAUUCUUUGGGCUUCGCGACUUCUAUGGCUUAAUUAAGAUGUUUGUCUCCUACACACGGGACAUGAAGUGCAGGUCUCGAGAGGAGUUCCUCCUAAAGGCCAUUCAGAGAAACUUUGGAGGUUUCAGCGAUAUCAAUCCUCUGGAACUCUUCCAUCAGUGCAUCAGUGAUGUACGUCUGCCCAACCAGAUGGAAGCCAGCUGCAUCACUCUGCUGGAGGAAAACAUGGACACACAGAAAACCAGUUUGACAUCUCGUUACCUCCUGUUGCUGACAACCAACAACGCCGCCUUUCAGAUCAUCCAGCUGACGCAGCUUAUAGACACGGCCAACUGUGACGUCAUAUUUGGCUCUGGAUUCCCACGGGACCAGGAUUAUUCCCAGGUGUGCCGCUCCGUGAACAGGGUGAAAAUCUGCAUGGAGAUAGGCAGGCCCGUGGUCCUCCUCAACAUACAGAACCUUUAUGAGAGCCUUUACGAUGUCCUCAACCAAUGCUUCAUCAGCCUGGGGGGCAAUUACUACGUUGACCUGGGCCUUGGCACUCACAGGGUGAAGAGCCGCGUGAAGAAGGAAUUCCGGCUGAUCGUUAUAGAGGAGAAGCAAGUGGUUUACGAACAGUUCCCCCCGGCUCUGCUGAGCCGCCUGGAGAAGCAUUGCUUGGACAUGAGCACCAUCGUCGAUGGGAAAAAGAAAGACCUGAAGUUCGACCUGGAGACAUGGGCCAGGCAUUUUGUCUACAUGGAGAAGCCUGAUAAUUUCAGGGACUGGUCCCACGGGCUCGCUCCCAAGGAACACGAUGUCUUCAUUGGCUUCAGUGAGGACACGUCCGCUGCCGUUGUGCUGGACGUCACCCAGCACAUCCACCUCGGACGUUACGGAGAUCCAGUCUUCUUCGCUGCCACCAGCAAGCUGGUGGAGUGUGCCACUCCUGACUCCAUCCUGCGCCUGAAGUACUCCGCGCUGGAGAAUGCUGAGCAGAUCCAGGACCUGUAUUUCAUCAAGCAGAAGCACAACACCCUGGCCAGCCUCUUGUGUGAGAUGCUGAACCAGCAGAAGAAGAAAGGGAGCACCUCCGGGCUGUGCCUGCAGGUUUCCACCCAUGCCAGACUGCUGACCCAGAAGGAUUUAAAAGUGCUGAGGAAGUCAUCCAUUCUCCCAAAGACAAUCCACUGCCUCUUCCUAAGCCAGUUUGACACAGAACACGCUUUCCGCCAGGAACUCAGGUACUGCAUCACAGACGAGCAAAGGAGGUCGGCCAGCCCCCACCUGUUGCACAUCGUGCUGAUCACUAAAGUCCCGCGGGUCUUGGGAGGGUGCAGCUACCUGGCUUUUGACAGCGGUGAAUGGAGAUCUGUUCACUUGGAUGACCUGACGCCCCCGGAGAACUUUAAGGCCAAUCUCGGCCAGCUUUCCAAAAUGAGCGUUGCUGAGAUUUUCACAAGCAGCUCCCUGCAGCAGCUCCCAGCAGGUUCCCCAGAGGAUUCUGCUGACCUGGAAAGCCUCAUCGAGUCAGGUCUUUACCCAGACAAAAAUUUCCUCAACAUGGAUGCAAUGAUCAAAGGGAGCAUCCAGAAGGCUCUGAUCAAGCUGGAGGACAAGAAGGACAACAGCAAGCGAUCAAUGGAGAGAAUCAAGAUCCUUCAUAACUUGCUUUUCCAUGCUGAGACUAGUGUUUCCAGCCGCUUCAUGACCAUCCUGAAGAAGAGAAUUUGUUACCUCCUACAAGAUCGAGAGAAACUGAUCUCAGAGCCGAGAGGAUGGAUUUUCCGCAGGGCGCUCUCUACCGAAUUCAUCCUGGAGGACACAUCGUUCAGGCAAGCACUCUGGAUGCACCUGGAAGACCUCGUGGUGGACAGCUUUGCCCAAAUCCUUGCUGUGGUGGAUGCCAACAACAACUUGGAUCACGUCUCUCAAGGCUCUCCGCUGGCAGAACUGUGGCUCCGGAUGUUCCAAGAUGAAACAUUUCUAAAAAUUAAACACACCAGCAAGGCAGCAGAGGCUAAGAUUUCCACGUUAUCAAUGACCGAAGACCCCAACAUCUCCCUCUCCUGCCAGUUCCCAUUCAGCUGGGUUUUGAAAGCCUACCUAGACGACGUAUGGAAGAAGGUCUAUCAUUUGAAAGACAAGCCCGAAAAGCCGACGGAGGAAGUGGCCACGUUCUACCAAACCUUCAUGGAGAACGUCUUGAUGCCAGAUCCAGACGUGCUGCCCUAUUACGUCAAUGACUUUCUCAGGAUGGCUUUUCCUGGACAAGAUCACUCUCUCUACGAGAUUCUCUCCAAAGUUUUCCUUGCCAGCGCACAACAACUCUGCUCCUCCGUGGGUGGGGGAAAAAUGGGCUUUUCCCCUAUUUGGCUUCACAUGGAAUAUUUCUACCUCCAAGACGAUUACCAGCUCUUUGUUGACAUAGCCAAAAGCAAUGACAAUGUCAUCAGCGAGCUGCAGGCGAUGUAUGAGGAGAACCCCCCCGAAAUGUUUGUCACUCUCGAUGCCUUGAACAUUCUCCUGAAGAAAGUGGAACCCUCUGAAAAUGGACUUCUGCCCUUUGAUGCCUGCGUAGCCUGGCUCAAAAGCGUCAAGUCCAUUAAGCCCUGGAUGCAGUGGAUCAGUCUGGACAACUACCAGCUUCAGUUCUACCAGAACAAGAAGAAACUCCUGGAUGCUGUGUUACAUCGCUGGGCCUGCACCAACAUUGUCUACAUGUUGAUUGACCACCUGCUGCACAACGAGAAACAAAUAGAGGAGAAACUCCUCAAGAUGGUGGUGAAGCAGUUCAUCUUCCUCUGGAAGCGCCUCUAUAAAACGCCGGGAUUUGAGCCAGAGAAGACUUUUGAUUUGGUGACAAAAGUGCUGAAGAUAUGCAACGAGAAGGCCGACGUUGUGUAUCUGGUGAAGGGCGUGAAGGAGUGCAAGAACUGCCUGCGGGAGAUCACUGACCCGGCAGAGCUGCCCUGCGGCCACAUCUUCUGCACUCGCUGCAUCUUGGAGUGGGUGAACAAGCAGUGUAAGAUCUGCAAGAAAGUGUUGCCGGAGGAUUACACGCCCACGGCUUCCGAGGUCACGAGGUUCAGCGAUGGCAAGGUUCACUUGGGAGAAUACCUGUCCCAGAUGGAGAAGAUUAUACCCAGCCAGAGUAACAUGAACCAUUUCUACUUCAUGGUGGUGCACUGCCUGGAGGAUUUUAUGUAUGCUUCUUCUGAAGAUGUCAGCCAGCUUGCUGAAAGCUGCCUCUCCACGGCAGACCUGUCUGCGUUCUGCAAGCUUGAGGUCUCAAGAAUUAACACCCUCCAGUUCAUCGCCCAGCUCCGGCUCUCCAUCAGCCACGUGGCCACCGUGCUGGCCAGACAGAUGCUUUCCAAUCCCAGCACACCUGCUGCCAAGAGGAAUGAGAAGGAGCACGACCUGGUGAACGCAAUGAAGAAGCUGGUUGAGAAGGCUCCGACUCCAUGGCCUCAAGUGUUCCUCAUGAGAAAUCUCUGUGACAUUUGUGGGAUCAUGCCUUUGUGUAAGAUCCUCAAAGUGGAGAAGUGGAUUUUACCCCAAGGGGUAGACAUUUCACAGUCUGUCAUAGGACAAAUGGAGAACAUCCUCCGGCUGCGAUUCGUCCCAGAUGACCUGCCGGAGGACAAACUGACGAAGAUCGUGGAUGCUUUGGGUAACAGUGAAGACCCAGGCCUGCUGGAGGUUGUCUUCCACACUGCGCUCACCCUGGCCUUGUCCCCGAGCCACAUCACUCACCUCUUUAGGAACAUCUGCUUCAAGCCUGAUGUGGUGAAGGGGUCCUACCUUCCCACCAUGCCUGGAGACCUGCUUUUUGAUAAGAACUGGAAAAUUGGUGACACAGAAAAGGUUUGGCGUUGUCGGUGUGGCUUACCCUGGAUUGUCACCGAAUGUGGGCGUCCCACGGAAAAGAAGAAAUGUAAAUGUGGUGCAACUGUUGGGGGAGUUUGGCACACACCUACGAAAGGCUUCGUUGAGGACGACGUCACUAAGGACAAAACAGAGAAAGGGUACAUCCUGAAGAGCCCUCUCUCACGGAGAAAUGAGGUGGAGAGGUGCCUGUCGCCUGCCUGCGUCAGUCUGGUGAGAGCUCUGCUCCACUCUUCCCUCCUGCUGGGGAUCUACACUGACAAACGGGCAAUUCUAGACCUGAUGAAAAAGGAACCAGAGGACGUGGAAGAGUUCUUCUGGAGCCACCUUCGGAAAGAUGUGGAGUGCCUGGCGGAGGCACUCAGCAAUAAGAGUGUAGCCUUGAGCAUCCUGCCUGAGAAAAAGGACCGAGACAAAUGGGAAAGCUCCUUCAAAGCCCUGGCCCAGCCCUUUUUCCAGGAACUGGAGCAGAGCCUUAAUUCUGUCAAGAAGCAGAGGAUGAAUGAAGGCCCCCAUAGCGUCCUCCUGAAGAUAAUUUACAGCCAGAAACCCCCUUUGGAACAUCUGCCAAAGCAGGGGUUGAUCAACCAGCCCUGCAUGUGGAGAUCUGAACAGAAGACAACCAUCCAGACGCUGAUGCAUUUGCUGCAGCUGGAAGAUCGAGAAGGCACUGGAAAUCCAUAUCCCAUUCUGCUGGAGCUCCUGUCAAAGCUUGAGAACAUCCAACACGUCCGACACCUGCCGGACAUCUUCCGUCUGCAGAAUGCCCUGAUCCACUUCUUCCAAAACAGCCACGGAGGGGACUACACAGUCCAGCAAUUCCUGGACCAGCCUGGACUUUCAGAGGACCAGCAUUCGUCAUUCAGAAGAGCUAUAGAGACAAUCCAGAAAGUUUGGAGCAACAUUAAGACGAACCCAUCCAGUUCAGGCAUCACCAUCCUGCCAGACAUCUCGCCGAACAGCAUCAACACCAACACUCCCAUCGUUCACCUCCUCCCCACCCAACCAUCCAUCAGCCACCUGGUGACCGCGUUCCUCAUACAGCUGCAAAACAGCUGCGUCGACACGGCCGCACGGGUCACCGGGGAGAGGCAACGGUCCAUCUCUGCAGAAGAGGUGAAGCCCUCCUCUGUGCUGGCCAUAACCAAGAACAGUCUGGUGACCAUGGCACUCACCAACCUGCAGUAUGAGAUAGACGAAGACGGCAAGAAGACGACCUACUUUGACUUUGAGAUGCUGCAGCGGCAAGUGGUUCACCGCUUCAUCAGUGGGAAGCCCAUCAUUAAGGCUCAGACAGCUCCAUCCAUUGCCCUCAACAACGUGAGGACCCUUGAGGUAACCAAGAGGAAAAUCAGGGAACAACUGCCGCAGGAGCUCCUCAGCGACAACCAGCAGAAGCGCAUCAUGGAAGAGGCCCGUUCGGUCAAUGCCCUCUCCCAGGCCCUGGCCACCUUGAAGUUCCUGGCUGUGACGGGGUGUGCCUCGGAGCGCCCGCUGCCUGAGUACGUCCGGCAGGAGCUGAGGAUGGACAUCGGUGCAAAGCAGCUCCUGGAUGUGCCGGUGGUGGCCCACACCCGGCUGAAGCAUGUCCUGUCGCUGUGGCAGGUCCUGGCGGCUCGCAGGUCCAUGUUGUUGGUACAGAUGAACCAGGAUCCCUUCUGCCUGGUGCCCAAGGAGUUCCACAGACAGCUGUCUCCUCAGAAAGCAAAACGUCUGGCCUUGGACUUGUCCAACACCAACCUCAACCUCUUCCUCAUAGAGCUGCACGAGAUGAUCAUGGUGGCACUGACCAACUUUCAGCCUGACUAUGAGCUGAAGGAUGCCUUUAAUUUCUUCCUGGAAGACAACAAGGUCCCCGAAACCUCUGUGACCUCCCUCACGGAUGCCCUGAAGUCAGACAUUCUUGUCAAGAACAUCCUCUCC